AUGGAGGUCACAAGAAGAAAUUUCCACGAAUGCUUUGAUGAUGUUAAAGAAUCCAUCCAACAAGCUACCUUUUUUGCUAUUGAUGGAGAAUUUACAGGUUUGGACCAUCCAGAUCAUGGUCACCCUCAGCCUUUCGAUACACCUGAAGAACGAUACCAAAAAUUAAGUAAGGGUUCUGUGGAGUUUCUGCUCUUUCAGUUUGGUCUCUGCACAUUCAAGCACAAUCCAGAAACCGGAAAAUUUGAAGCUCGCCCAUUUAACUUCUACAUUUUUCCUAAACCAUUUAGUAAAGAGUCACCAGAUCAUAGAUUUCUCUGUCAGUCAUCCAGCAUUGAUUUCCUGGCUUCUCAAGGUUUUGACUUCAACAAAGUGUUCAGAGAAGGUAUCCCUUACUUAACUCCUCAUGAAGAACAAACCUUACGAGACAGUCUUGAACAGAAGCAUCAACAAAAUAGCCAAUUUGCCUCUUCUGCCUACUUCAGUCCUUUGGAGAACAAAGAUAUUGCCAUACCCGAAGAACAGAAAGACUUUGUUGAUAGAGUUUGUCAAAUGGUUACAGACUUCCAAGAAAAUGAAGAGGUUUCAGUGUUAGACUUACCACCUUGUAAUGGCUUUCAGCGCAAAUUGUUAUAUCAGACCAUCAGAAAUAAGUUUUCAUCAAAUAUUCAUUUAGAAACCAAAACUGGGGAGAAGAAAGAACGCUUCAUUGUCGUAACAAAAAUCUCUGGAGAUGAUGAUCUGAAAAAGAAGGAAUUGGAAAGACAUACCUCAGAAAUGAAAGAUUUGAAUAAUGCUGUUGGUUUCUCCAGAGUUAUCAGGUUGCUUGCUCAGUCAGGGAAAUUGCUCAUUGGUCAUAAUAUGCUUUUGGAUCUAAUUCAUAUCUUGCAUCAGUUCCAUGCUCCAUUGCCUACAGAAUAUGAAGAUUUCAAAUCUUAUCUCCAUGCUUUCUUCCCCAAGUUGAUAGAUACAAAACUCAUGGCGAACAUAAAUCCUUUUAGGGAAUUGAUAUCGAGUAGUUCGUUGGGAGAGCUGUGGAAAAUUGUUCAAGUAGAUCCUUUCAAGGCUGUUGACAUAGAUUUGCCUGAAGAGUUUUCCAACUAUAAUGCAAGUGAACAGCAAUUGCAUGAGGCUGGUUAUGAUGCCUUCAUCACUGGUCUUUGCUUCAUCAGUAUGAGCCAGUUUUUGGGGGAUUUUGAAGACUGUAAGAAACAAUUGAUAUCUCCUCUGUCACAAUUGUUAGAACCUUUUAACAACAAAUUGUUUAUGAGCCGAGUACAGGACAUUCCUUACAUAAAUAUUACAGGAACUGAUUUACAACCUGACCGAGGCCAUGUGUUCCAUGUGACUUUCCCCAAAGAAUGGAAGGCGGCAGACCUCUACCAACUCUUCAUGCCUUUUGGUAAUGUCCAACUGUCAUGGAUCAAUGAUAACUCUGCAUAUGUGGCGCUUCACAACAAGGACAAUGCUGAAAUGGUCUUGAAGACACUGAACCAGGCUGAGACCUAUCGAGUAAUCUCCUACAGUGAAUCCAAGCGCAAGAAAGUUCUAUCAACAGAAAGCCAUCAGCGGAAGCGGCGCCAUUUAAUCCUAGAACAGGAUUCUGUUGAAGAAAGUGGUAAUGUGAAGAAAGUUAAAACCCUCAAUGUCGACAGAGUAACAGCGGAAUAUGAUUCCAUGUCUGGAAAAGCCAACUCGACCCUCAGACAACAGCAAGAGAAAAGCAAGGAAAGAGGGAAGAAUAUGCAGUGGGAACCUGAAAAAAAUGAGCAGACAAAGGAAAAACUGUUUGAAGAGAAUGAUGAUUGGUAA